AUGUCUUCUCAAACUUCAACAUACAGCACACCUAACACCCAAAAUCCCACCACACCCUCGUUUAUUCAACCCCAACAUCAACUAAUUUCCAUUAAACUCACAGAUUCAAACUACCUCCUCUGGAAACAACAAACUCACAGUGCAAUCAUUGGCUAUGGAUUAGAGAACUUCAUUGAUGCUGAGCAUGAACCACCUCAAAAGUUCAUCACUGAUGAGAACACAUCUCAGCUCCUUCUCAAUCCUGCAUAUGCAGCUUGGCUCAGUCAAGAUCAGCUACUUCUUUCAUGGCUUCUAUCCUCCUUAAGUGAAAAUCUCCUGAUUAUGAUGGUUGGGAAGAAAACAUCCAAAGAUGUGUGGCUCUCCUUGGAGGCAAACUUUUCUGGCGUUUCAAAGGCAAGACUGAUGCAUCACAAGCUCCAACUUCAAACCUUGAUAAAGGGCCCCCGCACCAUGAGAGAGUUCCUAGGAAAGGUAAAAGCAUGCUGUGAUGCUCUUGGCAUAGCAGGUGAACCAGUCACUGACAAAAACCAAAUCCUCUACAUACUAGCUGGCCUUGGCACUGAAUAUAACCCAGCAGUGGUGGCUAUUACCUCUAGAGUGGAGCCAUAUACACUCAAUGAGGUCUAUGCUAUGCUACUUAACCUAGAAUCUAGGAUAGAUAUUGGAGUUCAAAGCAUUGUUAAUCCUGAUGGAUCUCUAUCUAGUGUCAACCUCACCUCUAGCACAUCCAAAAAUCAGAAGAACACCUCCACCUACCCCACUUAUAACAACCAAAGGGGCUCUUUCUCUCAGAGGGGUAGAGGUCGCUCUAACAACUAUAGAGGUAGGGGUGGCCGUGGCUAUAGGAACAAUAAUAACAUGCCUUCUUGCCAACUCUGUGGCCUCAACAACCAUACAACUGAGAGGUGCUACCACAGGUAUGACUCUACUUAUCCAGCCCCCACAACAAUGUAA